GAAACGAAAGUGGAGGAAGAGAGGGAAGAAGUGAGGAAGAAUGCAGAGUUCAAGAUCAAGAACGGCAAGAAAAGCGUUGAGACUAAGACUUGCGUCGCGGAAGCUUAUCAUUCUCUCUCUGGCCAUCUUAGCCAUUCUGCCUCCCAUUUUCUUCCACUUCCGUCUCCGACGCUUCCACCAGGUUCGCUUCUGCUCUCCAUCCAAACCCUACGUUCCUCUCCUUCCUAAACUACGCCCUUUCAUUUUCCUAUGCAUCUCCGCCGCAGAUGCAACACAAAAGCUGCCGUUGGCUCACCCUUCCUCCUCUCGUCUGCGCCCACGGUGGCGAUUCCUCCAAGGCUUCUCCCAACACCAUGGCGUCGUAUUUCCACGCUCUUCAGUCUCGUGUCGACUGCGUUGAGAUCGAUGUGUCUCGUUCUUCAGACGGAGUUCUGUUUGCUCUCCAUGACAGGCAGGGAUUUGCAGCGGUUAACUGGAAAUGCUAGUUCUAAAGUUGGUUACAUGAGCUCAAAAGAGAUAAGAGAGCUAAGUGCUUCACGUCAGUCUACGUCGAAGUUUAAUAAUGAAAGUAUACUCACAAUCCAAGAUGCUCUGAUGUUGACUGCAAAUUCAGUACGACAGAUAAUUCUAGAUGUUAAGGUUGGACCCCCAUUUUAUGAGAAAGAGCUUGCCAAAGAUGUUAUCUCUGUUGUUGAGAAGACGGAGUGCAGCAACUGCCUCAUAUGGGCAAAAAGUGACAAUUUAGCAAGGGAUGUUAUUAAACUCUCAUCAGAAAUUACAGUUGGAUACAUUGUUAUGAGGGAACCUUCUACUGGAGCUAGGACAAAUUUGUUGAGAAUGAAAGGUGCGGAGGUUGUUGGUGUCUAUCAUCCAUUGAUUGAUGGAAAGCUUAUGAGAGUUUUGCACAGGAGGAACAAAAAGGUGUAUGCCUGGACAGUUGAUGAUGUGGAAUCCAUGCAAAACGUGUUGUUUGAACAUGUUGAUGCUAUUGUUACGAGCAACCCAACUUCUCUUCAACGCCUAAUGCAAGAUAUCAGAACACAAUGUCUUGAGGAAGGUUAUUCAUUACCACGCUAAAAUUUGUUUCAAGAACAUAACCUCUGAUUAUACAUAGAGAUUCCUUCUAUUCUGUGUAUUAAAACACUAGGCCUUUUUGUAACCUCCAUUCUUCUCUUGGUUGCAAAUUAUCAUUGAGCGGGAAAAAAGGAAGAAUAUCAUGCAGUGCCUGGAUUGAUUCUUGCCUUUA